UCUUGCCGGUCUCCAUAAACCAGUUGCCCUCGGAAAACGGUAGAGAGAUUUUGUUGCCGUGACCUUCUCCGCCGAGUUGUUUAUCCCUGGCUUAUCUUCUGUCUAGUUCUGACAAAGAAUCAUGGAGGAGAUCGCAAUACCGAGUCUUAUCGGAAGAAUAAAUAUAGAAGCUCCACAGUUAGCAUCCGUGUUGAGAGAAAUGAAGGAAGGUCUAGAUGUGGUUAGGAGCAAAGUGGAGGCUUUGACUGCAAAGGUAAAAGCAAACAGUUUCCCGACAGCGGAUGGGAUGAGUUAUCUUGAGGCCAAACAUCUGUUACUUCUAAGUUAUUGCCAGUGUCUCGUAUAUUAUCUGCUAAGGAAAGCAAAAGGAUUCUCUAUUGAUGGCCAUCCUGUUGUAAGGAGCCUAGUAGAGAUACGAAUGUUUCUGGAAAAGAUUCGACCCAUAGACAAAAAACUCCAGUACCAAAUUCAGAAGCUCACUACAGCCGGUGGGUCUGUGGCUGAACAAGCUCAUUCCGAGAAAAAGGAGUUGGGUGCAGCCCAAAAAUCUGAAGAUCUUUCAAGUUACAAGCCGAAACCAGACUUACUUGUUGACAAAACUGAGGAUGAACCAGAGGGCGGUGUUUAUCGGCCUCCUAAAAUCGCUCCUACGUCUAUGGUUGACAAGACGCCAAAACAGAAAAGAGAUGCUGCCAGAGACGAGAUGCACCUUCUAAGGAAAGCCACUCAAGAUACAUACUUGAAAGCUGUGUUGGACGAUCACGAGGACAGGCCUGAAGAGAUCAUAGAUGGUUUUGGGGCUGAGAGCUGGGAACUUAAGAAGUACUUAGCACAGUCUGAAAGGCAACAAAAGAUGGAAGAAGAACACUUUAUCCGGGCACCUCGCACAAAGGAAGAUAAGAAGAGAGAGAAGCGGUUGAAGUCAGGCAAUGGGUUGGAUGGAAUAACCGAGAACUUUUUCGACUUCAAGUUCUUGGAUAAAGAUGGUGAACAGCCAGCAAGCUUUAGUGGCAGUGGCAGUGGCCGUAAAAAGGGAGGAAAAUUCAAGAGGAGAAAGACGAGGCACUGAUAUGGAUACACCAGUGGUUUCUUUUUGUUCCUUCACUGCACCAGUUUUGUUGCCUAGACAGAUAUCCAAAAUUUCGAUUUGCUGUUAUUGUAUUGAGAUCUUCUAGUUUAAUGUGAAAGUGAUGAAUGUGAGAACACAUAAUUUGCUACUGAUUCAAGGCGAUGCUCUUGCCUUGAAAUUCGGAAGACCUUUUCUCUCUUUCGCUUAAUUUAGCUCAUUUCCACCGAAA